CGCCGAUGCAUCGUUGAUGUAUCAUCGAUGCGGCACAGUUCUCCGACCCCAUCUACUCGGACCUCAUUUGGGAGGCCUCCGAAGAAGAAAUACCCGCAUACGGUUAAACUUUGAGGUGUCCGCGCAGAUUCCUUGGAUCAGCGCCGGCCCCUCCCUGGCAGCUCCUGCGGCGCCGCCCCUGGCGCGCUCCGCGCGCCACGGAGGGGGUCCAGCGCAGAUCUAAGAAAGCUCUGGUGGACCGCCACGGGGGGGGGCAAUACGCGUGGGGGGAGCGAGGAUUGCAGGAGGGCGGCCCUGAGGGGGCCCUGAACGGCCCUCAAGCUGCCGCCCUGCGCCCAAAAGGUGCGCGAAGGGCGCACAUCUCGCCACCCCACGUUUACUGUCACGCGUCAACGAACAUCCGAAGAGUCCCGCGGACCUCCUCGUUGCGUGAUACCCGACUGGUUUUGGAGGUCGCCGCGGCGAUCGCAGCGACCACACAUCGGUGCGAGGGGAUUGUCAAGGAGCGGCCUGCCCCUUCCGAGCCCCCCGUCGCUCUGAAAAAUAGACGUGGCCCGUAUUCAGAAAUACCGCGACAGAGAGUUGCCAGCUUAUGCCCAACAUGGGCAGCCAUGUUUUUGUCGGUUAGGGGUCGGUUGUCACGCGAGCAUGUUCGACAGUUUCUGUCAGAGGGCGAAUCACCUACCCCGCUUUCACUUCCAGGCAAAACCAACUCAUACCAUGCGCCUCCUCGCCAACCAGCCUGACCUUUACGAGCCAUCCCAGGAGUAGUUUGGUAUGGCUCGGUUCCCGUUUGGACGCCACCCCCGACGACUGCGCGCUGGUGGUCCUCGGCGACGGGGACACCGCCUACGCGGACCUGGUGGAGGCAUCCCGCCGGAGGAACGUGCUCCCGCUGAGGCGUGCACUCGGGGCCCAGGAGAUGCGGGCCGCGUACGCGGCGUGCGACCUGGUGGUGUCGGCUAGCAGGUUCGAGACGCUCGGCAACGUGGUCGUCGAGGCGUUCGCCGCGGGCACCCCAGUGGCCGUCCAGCCAGCGCAGGGGCACCUGGAGUUCGUGGAGCACGGCCGCAAUUCCUACCACGUCGACUUCGACGACCCGGCCGCCGCCCGGCCGCAGCUGGAGGAGAUCGUGCGGCGCCUCUUGAGCGGCGAGGACCGCGCCCUGCGGGCCGCACUGGACGAGCUGGGCGUACGGCUGAGGUCGCAGGACUUCGCCGUGGGCCUGGAGGACGCCAUUCUCAGGCCGGCCCUGGCCGCCGCGGCAGCGCGCAGGCGCUGCUGGGUGCUGGAGCCGGUGGUGCGGUGCCUGAGCUUGGUGGCCGCGCUGGCGCUGUGGCUGGUCGUGGGCGCUGCCUCCAGGCUGAUCUACGCGUUCUCGCGCGAGCCGCGCUACGAGUACGGCGCGCCGGGGUCGGCCGUGGAGCCCACGGAACACCAGCGAAGACGGGAGUGCAAAGCCUGUCCGCUCUGCUUUUUCCUGGGGCAGCAAGACAUCCAAAAGGGCCCGGGGGCGAGGAGCCUGCGGCCCCGCACGAGCAUGGGCUCCGAUGGAGGCGACGACGAGAAGGAGAAGUCCCUGCUGGCCAGGAUCGUCGGCGUGGUCCGCAGGAAGGCGCGCACCAUGGGCCCGGCGGCGCUGCUGGCGUAUCCCUGUGCGCUGCCGCGCGCAUCCGUCGGGGGCGACGGGAGCUUCUACAUCUGCCUGCUGACGUUCACCUUGGUCAUCGGCAUGACUAUCGGUUUCGGCAUCUUUAUGGUGCUCUGGACGAUCCUGCGGCAGAACAACGCGAUCGCCACUCAGGAGGGCGCCGCCGAGGCGAAGGCGCCGGCGGACAUCAUGAUCGACAUCGCCAUGUAUUCGUUCGCGCUGGUCGGGGCGAGGGCAGCCUUCCUGGCCGCCACGGGGCGGGAACCCUGGCAGGACCUCACGGGCUUCCUGCUAGUGCUCGGCGGCUUCUGGGCGGGCAACAACGCCACGAAGCCAGCGCGCGUGGCCGCCGCCGCGGCGCUGGCGCCGGUGGUGGGCAGGGCCACGGCCUGGGUGGAGAGCGUGCUGCCGGGCGCAAUACACCAGGCGUUUCUGCCCGGCCUGCAGGGUGUGCCUCUGUCCACGGUGGCCAGCGGGGGGCCCAGGAACGGAUUCAUAGCGACGGCGUUCGGCAUGGACGCGCCGCUGACCCUGCCAGGGGUCCUGGAGCGGCCGCAGCCCGCCCGUCUCCCGUUCCUCCUCGCGGUGUCUUUCAUUUACGCGGAGGUGGUUACAGGUGCCCGGGGCAAGCCGCCGCCGAAACUCCGCGGCCGGGCCAUUGCCUUACAUCUGGCCAACCGCUCCCGCACGGCGCGCCCCAGCGGUGCACCUCUCGACCGGGGGGCCGCCGUCGUGAGACGCGGCGCCCACCGCGACGCGGCGGCGAGAUUGGUCAACCAGAUCUCGCGCAGGCAUUGCGUCAGCGGCUGCCUCGCACCGCUGCCCCCCAACGAGGGCGCGCGACUGAUCAUCCAGGGCCUUGGUGCGCCCGUCAUCGCGAUCAACGACGAGGACGAAGCAUGCGUGCCACUGCUCGCCCGGGAGGGCCGCGACGCCGAAACAGCCGCGUGCAGCGCAAUCCUGAACUGCCGCCGAGAACGCAACCCCGCCCCGCGAGGCCGCCCGCCGCUGCGAGCAGCAGCGGCCCCCCGCCGCGCUGGGGCCAGCGACGGAGCCAGCGGCGACGCGCGCAGGCUCCCCGCGGUCGCCGCCAACGCCCGCGACGGGGGGCAGCUCGCCACCCUGCAAUUUCUCACUGAUGAUCCAGGGGCCGCGGGUGCUUGUGCCGCGCUGCGGCGGCGCGACCCUGACUCUGGGGCCCCCGCCCUGGUCGGGUUGCGCGCCGUCGCCUUGCCCCGAGCCGACCAUGUCCACAGCGCCGAGCUUUUUAUGCCGAGUCUCGCGACUGCCGACAGCCGCGCCCGUGCAAUCGGGGACAACCUUUGCGCGGUCAGGCACGGCGCGGGCGGCGCUCGGCAUCGGCGACUGCCGCCGCGCCAGCAGAUGGAACAGGCCCUCCGUCAUGCCGACGACUCAGGAUGGUCAGUCACGUGGCGGGCAGCGCGGAGGCAGUUCAACAGGGCUGCGGAUCGGCUGGCCGCUCUCGGCGUCUUUUGGGCCGACCGCCUGCGCUGGGCGGGCACGCGCAGCGCGGCGUCGCAAUUCGCGCGGGCCGGCCAGCGUAGCACCAUGCCUACAGGUUCCCCAUGGCAGGGGAUCGACUUAUCCGACCCCGACGCCAUUUGCCGGGUCACGGCUGAGGACAGGGCCCACUUCCACAGCAAGGAUCACAAGAGUCGCUGCGGCCAGCAAAGGGCGGACGGUUGGCCAGAUCCAAGCCUGUUCGACAUGCGAGGGAAUUUGUGGAAGAUGGCAGGAGGCACGAACGUGGACAAACAUACGGAACGUACCGCACUUCGUUUCAAGCGGGGCGGUUGGGGGCCGGAGUGGCGCUUCAACGGGGCCAACUGGCAAGCGGCUGGCGACGCGGGGCCAUGGACCAUGCCAUGCGCGGGCGCACCCAUGGAAUGGCCAGUAAACUGGGGCCAGGUGCCCAAGAGCUAUCCAGAUACUUACGCCGCGCCGACCUGGAAAUGCCCACCUGGCACCGCUGCCAACAAGUCGCGACGACGCCUGCGGUCGCUCGGGGCCCACGCGGACUCCAGGUGCCGCGCCCUGCCGCGCUGUGACAUGGGGAUGAGGCGCAGCUGCGCCAUCGCGCACUGUUCAGUCCGCAAGCUCCGACGGCUCUGCGCUACGCGCGAACAACCCCGCCCCCGUCGACAUUCUGGGGGCGAGUCGCUACCGGGCGAUCGCGGGCUCUUCGGAACGCAGGCCGACGCGACAGCGCGUCGCAUCCAGCAGAUGCACGCCCGCCUAUACAAUUACUCACGUGCCGCGCCCACGCACAACUGCCCCAUCGGACGCACCCGCGGCGGAAUUUCCUUGCCAGACUCCUGGGUCACCGACGUGCAGAAUCGAGCCAAUGCGCCCAGCAACGUAAGUUGGUUGGAGAUGCGCCAAGCCACGAAGCGAGUUGGUCCGGAACGCCCCUGCGCCCUCGACAUUCGACUGGCGCCCGCUGGACCCAAGCAUCAUCUCGCCACCAAGUGCAACUUGUCUUCGUACUUGGAGGCAGAGGCCAACAGAAAGAGACGCGCGCUCUCCUGGCCCGCAGAAUUCACGCUGAACUGGGACGGGCCUGAGCUCACCAGCUGGCACGUCAUCCCCCCCGUCUAUUGGGUCCAAACAAUGACGAGCUCGGAUACUUCUGCGCGUUGUUGCCGCGCGAGCCUGGGGCCCCCAUUCCUGAAGAACAGCGGACUGAGUUCGGAGGACACGCGCGCCAACCAGCUCCCGGUGAAGUUCGACGCGUCGCACGGCCAACUGCGCGACAACGACGACAUAGCACCGCGACCCGCUAAUCAAGGGGAGACGCACUACAGAAUUGGCAUCUCGCCAGACUCCUCCGAGCACCUACCGCUUUAA